ACGCAUGCGCAGUGUCUUAUGUGACAUUUUUCGUGCGAGCUUGAUUCCCGAGCGGUAAAAAAAGUUACUUUACUGGAUUUUUCUGCGGUUUGGGGACGAACAGAGCGAUUUUAUUCACCCUAAGUGAUUUUUAGGAGCCCGUGAUGUAAGUUUGCAACAUUCUGAUCAACAUGAGUGACGACAUUGAGAAAUUCAUACAACAGCAGAAACAGAAGAUUGCUGCUGAGAGAGAGGAACUUGGGGUCCCAUCUGACCCUGAUAUCAGCCCAUCUCAUGGUGUCUCCAAUGGGCCUUCAAAGGAGAACAUUCCCCCAACUCAGGGCAGCAAGAGGGACUCUGGAGGACCAGUGGAGUUUGGAGGGUUGAAGUUGGGUGGUUAUGAGGAUCACAGGAAGAAACUACAAGAGGAAAGGAAGAGAGAGUACAAUGAGCUUUUAAAUGAGAAGAAGUUCCGGUCUACUGGUGUGAGCUCAAGGAUCCAGGAGAUUGAGCACGCCAACAAGUCUCUAUCAAGGAGCUCAAGUGAACCUCAAGGAUUGAAUCAUGACCAGGGCAACCGCACGUUUCCCCCCCGUCGGCGAGACACCAGCCCCCUGGGGAGGGAAACCUACGACGACAUCUUAAAAAGGAAGCGAGAAGAAGAGGACAGGUAUCGUCGCAUGGACGAUCCAGAGAUGAUCACAGACAGAAGAAGAGACGACAGACUACGAGACCAUCCCCUCCGGGCGUCUAGAAGUGAUGGUUUCCUGAACGAGCCGGAUGAUCGUCGGAUUAGGUCGGGUUGGCUGGAAGGACUCGGCCAUGACAGGCUGAAGUGUGAGUUGUGCCAGCGCAGAGCCAGGCUUAGGGGAGAAUGGGACCAGGAGGAUUAUGACCGGAAGGUAAACCGCCUGGAUGAUGACUAUGGCAGCAGGCACGUCCGUUUCAGGGACAGGGACGACUACGUAGAUACUGACAGACGGGACUGGAGUCAUAGCAGAGCAGGGAGGAGAAGGGACCUCAAUUCAGCUGAAGGAGACAGGCCAUCAAGAGAAAAGAGUGACAAGGACCGGGCCCACUCUGCGCCUCCUGAAGACGGCUUUGUCAUUGGGAACCAGGAGCGAGCGAGUGCAGUGAGACGUAAGAAAGACGCCUACCGACAAGACCUCAUGCAGCAGAUGGCUGACAACGAAAGAGCAAGGAAAAAGGAGAAGGUCCGAGAAAUGAGAAUUAAUGCCAGUGGAGAGACAGACCCUGAGAAACUGACAAGUGUCCCAGAGGAGGAGCCUGGUAGAAUCCGGGACCUCCCGCCGACUAACCGCCAGCCCAACCGGCAGCGAGGGCGGGACACGUCCCCGUACCGCCCGUACCACACCCUGGACGACGAACCAGAGCCUCGGGACAGGCCUAGACGACAGGACAGACAGAGGACCCCCCCAUACAGACCCCAGCAAGCCUUUGCAACACCACCACCUCAGCCACAGAGAGGCCUAGGUCCCCAGCCCAUGGGUUACAUACAGCCUGGAGUCGUGCCUGCCAACCCCUACUUUGUGGGAGCUCCCAUGAUUCCCGUGGCGGCCCCUCUCGGUCCGUACCGCACGCCUUACGAUGAUGCCUACUACUACUACGGCAUGAGACACCCGCUGGAUCCUAACAUAGGGACCGCAGGCGGUCCAGUUCCACCGGCAGGCGGUCCAGUCCCUCCCCUGACCAACUUACCAAACGGUCCCACCGACACCCUCCCUGUACCCUCCAUCAACGUGCCCACCCUCUCACCUCGAGGACCAGAGUUUACCAGGGAGGAUGCUGCAAGAAAGCGCACAGAGAGUCGUAUUCAGGACAUGGUCGCCGAUGAUGAUACAAGAAAAAGCCAGGAGGCCAUACAGAAGCAGAAACAGUAUCAAGAAGAGCUGAAGGAACAGAUGAGACUGCGAGACAUCAAGAAACAGAAAGAAAGGGAGGAAAAGGAGAGAUACGACCGGAAGUUGGAAGCAGAAGCCAUGAACUAUAACCCCUGGGGUAAGGGUGGAGGGGGGGCGCCGCUCAGGAACAGUGACGGGAGGGUGGUCGCUGACCUGCGGAAGAUGCACAUUCAGAACGAGGAAGACCAGCUCAGCCCAAGGAACGAGUACUCGGACAAACCUGUGGUCAACCUAGAGGUCAACAUGGCCAGUCUGACUGAGCCGCCCAGGCCACCACCUAAGGAGUCCCAAGACCAGGAUGCCAUUGGCCUGUUCCUGACCAAUCAUAAUGAGUCACAGUACCCAGGACAUGGUGGCGGCAGUGGCGGCAACAAUACCUCGGAAGCCCUGAACAUGUACACGUACAAGUCACCAUUUGCACGCAAGAACAAGGUGUUUGAAGAUGAAGGCAGUGAACAGAAGAGUCAGAGGGAUGAGUACCAAUCAGAGCUUCAGAGACAGGUUGAAGAGAAGAAGCGUAGGCAGGAAGAAGAGAAGAGGAAGCAGAAGGAGGAGGAGGAGAGGGAGGAGCGGCGCUUGGCGGAACAGCGUGAGAGGAUGCAGCAGGAGUAUGAGGCAGAACAGAGAAAACAGCGAGAGAAAGAAGAGGAGGAGCGGCGCUUGGCGGAACAGCGGGAGAGGAUGCAGCAGGAGUAUGAGGCAGAACAGAGAAAACAGCGAGAGAAAGAGGAGGAGGUGAAGAGAAAGAAUGAAGAGUUGAAGAGGCUGGCAGAGGAGAGAAGGCAGGAGGUGGAGAGGAAGAAGAAGGAGGAAGAUGAGAAACACGACCAGGAAAGAAGACGGCAGCUGGAUGAGGAGGACAGGAGACGGAGGGAGGAGCAACAAAGACAGCGAGUGUCAUCCCCUCCCAUCCCUACUCUGAGGAAGAAUGAAGAAGAAAGCCAGCAGCCACCACCAGACUCCUACAGGGAGAGACCGCCCCAGUCCCCACCUGUACCUGCGGUCAGAACCAGGGAGAGAGCACCAGGAAAUCCUCAUGAUGUGAUUGACCAACUGUCAGCCAUGAGAGCUCAGCUCCAGAGUGAACAGAGAAGGGUACAGAGUCAACUGGACCAUGCUAAGUUUGACAGCGUGCCAGUACCCAAACCACAGCCUCAACCGCGGCGAGAGCUGACAGGAGUGGAUAUUUUCGACAUGGCGCGGAACCGAAGCCGUGUCGCUGUCCGUAGACCAGUCCAGACGGCGGACACCACUGCCGAUCCCAGGACCUUGGAAGACUUCAACGAUCUCAAACACAGAAAAAACACGGUAUCGCGGCAGGAGUUUCGAUCGCGGUACCCCGAUGACCCCUACACGAGCCGCGCGCUGGAGGCCCAACAACAUGCCAUGUUACAGCAACAGGAGGAGAAACUGGGCAAACUCAGGCAGGAGGGGGAUGAUCUGAGCAGGAAGUCUCUACUGGACUCAGAGAGUGCCUUCAUAGAUACCAAUGGAAUCCAAUCAAACACAGACCUGAACGGAGAGGCGAGUUUCCCACCAGAGUUGGCGGACGAACGGAAGGGUCCAACUGCCCGUGAGAGGAGGAGGCAGCAACGCAAGUCACCCUCCCCCCAUCUACUGGAGAAAGAUGAGCUGAGUUUGGGAGGAGACUCGUACCUGGAUGCCCAGCCUGGUCCCUCGGGUAACCAACCCGGGAACUUUGGCUCCCUCACCAGCCUGGAUGUGGACAGGGUCGCCGCUAAAAAUGAGGAAAGACUGAGGAGGCUGAAAACCUUACAAGGAGAUGACCAGUCCAUCGGUGACCCAGACGACAUUCUGCAGAGGUUCAUGAAUCAACAGAAGCACAACCGGCCGUCCUCCACCACCACCAUGGACACAGAGGCCUGGCUCAGGCCUGGCACGGGCAACGCAUCGCUACUGUCCAAAACGUAGCUCCACAUUUGCAUCACUACUAUCCAAAACAUAGCAGCACAUUCACACAGGCAGCACGAUAGCAGACUGUACUGUACCUGCACGAAAUACGUUAUUGUGUUAUGCAUAGAACAGCAGAACGUCUCAUAUAAGGUCGUAUGUGCAUAUAAGGUUACCACUCCAUUUGUAGUUUCCAAAUGUUACAUGUAUGUCGGAAAAAAUAUCCUCUGCAACAGCUAAAAUUCUGAUGCAAUGUUGACCAAACAUCCAACGAAAACCAUGGAAAAUCAGGGUUUCAUGCAGAUCCAGUACGUUCUGCCGACGUGCUACAUGUCACUACUGUCCAAAACAUAGCUCCACAUUGACAUCAAUGGAUACAGAUUCCUGGCUUAGGUUCGCAGCUUUGUACCACUUUGAAUACAUAGACCUGGCCCAGCACUAGGUUUACCUGCUGACCAGUUCAUGCACCUCACUACUGUUCAGGCCAUUGCACCACAUGCAUGUGCUGAUAUCGUGUACUGUAUGUGAUCAAUGGAAUCUUGUCCACUUGCAUCAUAAAGAAGUGCUUAUUGUUGUACAGAGAACUUACAUAUGGUAUGUAUGUGAAUAUAUAAUAGAUGUACAUAAAUAUUAAGUGUUUGUGCCUACAUUGUAGCAUUUAUGUUGUGUGUUUAAUCUUUGGUACUUACUGUAUGUACAUUUGUAGCAUGUACAUCUGGUUCUUACUCCUUUUACUCUCUGAUAUUAACUGUCACAGAUGCAGCAUGAAUAAACAAUGUACCCAAGAAAUCAUUUUAAAUUUAAAAUAUGACUUAACUGUAAGGAGAUACCUUUCUUUAGGUGAAGUUAGUAGUGUAAUACCAGAUACAUAUUGCUACAUAUUACCCAGUCAGUGAGAAGUCAGCAUUAAAAACUUAGCAAGGGCUAUGAAUGUAUUGUUCAUAGUAAAAAAAUGAUCACAGUGCUUUGUAUAUGAUUUAGCUGUAAUUGUAAGGCAAAAAAGUGUGAAAUUAUGUUCCUCGUGUCCAGAGAUUUUAUUGAAUCAGAAUUAUAUGAAUCAAAAGCCAUACUAGUAUAUAAGAUGUUGUGAUGAAUUUUUUUUUCUAUUUGUUCCUGUACAUCUGCAAUCAAGACUAGUAUUGAAAUGCCUGCAGUGGUGUACAAUGUAUGUGUACAUGGAUAUUUGUGAAUGUUGACACUGUGUUAAUAGGCUGUUUGAAGUAAAAACUUUUGUUCCAACACAAAGGAAUUAUUCUCACCUGGAGCUUUUGACCAUCACUCUUGUCUUCUUCAAUAGACUGACCCAGUGAGACAUGUCAAAUGGCUUCUCUGAAGUGUGACGUCAACACUGGGUCAGUCUAUUGAGGAAAACCUGAGUGACUGGUUGAAAGCUGUACAUGUAGGUGAGAACAACUCUUUGUGUUAAAACAAAAGACUUUAGCUUGAAACUACCAAUGACACAGAUGAACUUUCAUGAUAGUGCCUGUUAAUAUUUGUGUGUGGUGAUCGUAUUGUAGCAUAAGAUUUACUUCUCAGUAUGUACAUAAGAAGGCAUAGAUUGUAUAUAUUUCACCUACUUCUCUGUAAUAAUUCACCAAUAAGAAUAUGAAAUGGGGACCAAUUGAAGUUAAAAGUAGGUUAAUAUGAUUACUGUGUUAGUGUGUCAGUGGUUCAGUUGUCCUUGCAGCUCAAUCUUGUAAAUUAUGUGAUAUACAUAUUGCUGCAUUACAUUUUAUUCUAAU